UUUAUAGACCCUCAACCUUUACACUAUCGUCUUGUAAUCUCUUACAACUCGUACAAAAAAUCUUUAAUCUUUAAACAUUAUCAUUUUGUUGCUCGAAUAUUUGCAAGUCAGAGGUGUUGUGAUAUGCAGAGGCCUACGAUGGGUUUAAGAAAAUAUGGUGCGUUUAUGAUGGUUAUGGUGCUGGUGGCUUUGGCUGUCAGCUCAUGUUGUGGAGCCACCAGUGGAGAUGUGUGGGGACAUGACAAGGCUGAAGAAGCCAAGGUAAAGAGUGAAGAAGCUGUUGGUGAUGCCAAGGAGGCUACAGAGUCAUGGACAGGUUGGGCCAUGGACAAAAUAUCUGAGAAUUUGGGUCUUAAAACGGAAGAGGCUGCUGAUGCUGCCAAGAAGGCCAAAGAUAAAGCCACUCGUACUGCUUCUGAUGCAGGAGAGUAUGGGUAUGAGAAAACAGGGGAGGUAAAGAAUUCAGCUGCAGAGAAGGUUGCCCAAGGGAAGGACAAAGCAUAUGGCACAGCCGAGGAGACGAAACGAAUGGCGAGCGAGAAGGCUGAGCAAGCAUACGACUCCACUGGGAAGGCCAAGGACAGUGCUUACAAAACCGCAGAGGAAGCGAAGAAGGUGGCUGCGGAGAAAGGAGAGCAGGCCUCUCACUUGACAGGCAAGGCCAAGGACAAGGCGUACGAGACUGCGGAGCAGGCCAAGCAGGAGGCCUUGGAAAAAGGGAAGGAGGCCUAUGAGAUGACGGAUAAGGCCAAAGACAAGGCCUAUGACUUGACAGGGAAGGCGAAAGACAAGGCAGCUGAGAAGGGGAACGAGGCCUAUGAGAUGGCGAGUAACGCGAAACACACCGCCUAUGACUUAACAGGGAAGGCGAAAGACAAAGCAACUGAGAAGGGGAACGAGGCCUAUGACAUAACAGGGAAGGCGAGAGACAAGGCCUAUGACGUGACCGGGAAGGCGAAAGAUGAGGCAGCCGAGAAAGGGAACGAGGCUUAUGACAUUGCAGGGAAGGCGAAAGACAAGUCCUCCGACUUGACCGGGAAAGCGAAGGAGAAGGCAGCCGAGAAAGCAAACGAGGCCUCCGACAUAACAGGGAAGGCGAAAGACAAGGCCUAUGAGGCCGCAGAGAAUGCGAAGAAGAAAGCAGAGGAAAAAGGAAACGAGGCCUAUGAAAUGAGCGGGAAGGCGAAAGACAAGGCUUAUGAGACCGCAGAGAGUGCGAAGAAGAAGGCGAACGAGGCGUAUAACACGGUUGGGGAGAAGGCAGAGCAAGCCAAGGAGGCGACAGAAGGGAAUUUGGAAUGGGCUAAGGAGAAAGCAAAGGAGGGGUAUGAAGCUGUGAAGAGCAAAGCUAAGGAGACGCUUGCACCAAAUAUUGAACGUGCUAAGAGCAAUGUCAAGCGUGGGGAGGAACUUUGAGGUUUUUGUAAUUGAGUAGCUUUGUUUCUGCUGGAUAGACUGGGAGAUCCUCUCUGUAUUUGAGCUUGCUUUCUUUGUUUUGUUUGUUUGAUGUAUAUUUGUGUUUCUCAUGUAUGAUGGAAUGAAUGAACGUUGUUUUCUGGUCGUUGAUUAA